AUGCACAUAAAUACACAUAACACCUUUCAUAGACCUAAGUAUGAUGUCUUGUUGCGUUCCGAACCCUCCUCGUUUAACUCUUCCAACAACGACGAUGAUGAUUUCAAUCAUAAUCGCCACAGUACCUAUGUCGAUAGCAGCAAUGCCUCUCCUUGCACUAUGUCCCCAUGGAACUUCCAACCCAAUACAUCUUCUCCUCUCAGUAAGUCUCCAUGGUUAUUAUCCACCUCACCUGCGACAAACCUCUUCAGCGAACACCAACAGUACCAUGAAGACGAUCUCCCCGUAAAUGGCCUCAUCGGAUCCCUCGUCCGUGAAACGGGUCACAUAUAUUCCUUGGCCGUUUCCGGAGACUUGUUAUACACCGGCUCUGACAGCAAGAACAUAAGAGUUUGGAAGCAUCUCAAGGAUUUCACUGGUUUCAAAUCAAGUAGUGGAUUGGUCAAAACCAUAGUAAUCUCCGGUGGCAAAAUUUUCACCGGCCAUCAAGACGGGAAGAUCAGAGUGUGGAAAGUUUCGUCCAAGAAUCCAAGCAACCACAAACGCAUAGGGAGCUUGCCUACGUUCAAAGAAUUCGUUAAGAGUUCCAUGAACCCAAAGAACUACAUGGAGGUUCGACGGAACCGAAAUGCGGUGAAGGUGAAACACGUUGACGCCAUUUCAUGUUUGAGCCUAGACAAGGAGGAAGGGUUAUUGUACUCUGGGUCGUGGGACAAGACGCUGAAGGUGUGGCGUGUGGCAGAUUCAAAAUGCUUGGAUUCGAUCAAAGCACACGAAGAUGCAGUGAAUGCGGUGGUGGUGGGGUCUAGAGGAUGCGUGUUGACGGGGUCCGCAGAUGGGACUGUGAAGGUAUGGAAGAGGGUGAGCGAGGAGAAAGGGGAGAAGGGAGAGAAGGGGGAGAAGGGAAAGAAGGCAAAGCAUGUGUUGGAACGGAUUUUGUUGAAGCAGGAGAAUGCGGUUACAGCAUUGGCGGUGAAUGAUACGGCAACGGUGGUUUACUGCGGUUCUUCUGAUGGGUUAGUGAACUUUUGGGAGCAUCAGAAGAAUGAGUACUCACAUGGUGACGUUUUGAGGGGGCACAAGCUUGCCGUGCUCUGCCUCGCAGCAGCGGGGAACCUCGUCUUCAGUGGGUCUGCAGAUAAGAACGUGUGUGUGUGGAAGCGCGAUGAGAAUGGGUUCCACACAUGCCAUUCAGUUCUGACAGGCCACAAGGGUCCCGUUAAGUGUAUUGCGGUGGAGGAGGAGCACCCGCAACUGGAGAAGCAAAUCAAAAGGGAACAACGAUGGGUUGUGUACACUGGGAGCUUGGACAAGUCGGUGAAGGUGUGGCGCGUCUCUGAACAUGCACCAGAGGUGAGUACGUUCCAAACCUUGGUUACUCCCAGUCAUGCUGGCUCGCUCUAUGAUUCCUCUUCAGGAGCAUUUAGCUACUCCUCACCGAGAACAAUGAGUGUUAAUUCUUCCAUGACAGAAGUGAGUGUUAAUGCUUCCAUGACAGAUAUGAGCUAUUCCUCCCCGCGAAACACCAAUGAUUGCGGUGAAAUUGAGCAGCAUAGUAACAACAAUAUUGAUGUCUCUAAGAGAACUUUCAAUGACAACAACAAGAACCGUGAUACUGCUAAAAACAAUGGCCAAGGCAACAAGGAUGACACUAAAAGCAAUGGUGAUGGUCUCAAAUAUAUUGAUGGCACUAUAUAUAGUGACUAUGGGCAUAGCAAACAAAGAGGUGGUGGUAUCACUGAAAAUAAAGACUUUGGUGACAAUAGUCGCAGUGCUAAAAGCAUUGACAAUUGCAACAACAAUCAUAACGAUGGCGAUGAUAGUAGCAAUUGCAACAGCCAUAACAUCCAUACAGGUAAAAACAUUGACAUUGGCAAAAACUGUAACACUGGUAUGGGUAAAAGCAUUGGCAUUAGUAGCAACAACAGUAACAUUGAUCCUGGUAAAAACAUUGUCAAUGACAAAAUUACUAAAAUCAAAGACAAUGGGAACAACAACUACAACAAUGAUAGCACUAAAACUGCUGGCAACAAUGGCAAUAACAACAAAUAUCAGAAGAGUGUUAGAACUAGAACUAGUAUGUAUGGAAACAACAAUAGCAACAGUAACAGUUCUAAGAGCGGUGGUGCUAAAAGCGGUGACAAUUGUGAUGAUUCUAAUGCCAAGGAUAUCCACAACAAUUAUGACGCUAAAAUAGAUGGCAAUGGUAACAACAUAAGCAACAAUCAUGGUGGUUCUAAUGGAAACAACAUCCACAAAUUUGAUGACACGAAAAGAGUUGACAAUGAAAUCAACAUAAGCAACAACAACCACCAUCGUGAUAAUGCUUAUGGCAAAAGCUUCUGUAACAAGGAUGAUACAAAAAACAAUGACAUAGGUGAACACUCGGACAAUUAUGAUAAUUUUAAGACUGUUGGAAACAUCAACAAAUAUAGUCAUCGUGCUUGUGACAAUAACACUCGCAAUAAUAGUGAUGAUAAUAGUGGUGAAAAAGACAACAACACAUGCAUGAGUCGUGAUUAUGCUAAUGAGAAUAACAUUUGCAACAGUGGUAGUGGUAAAAGUGGUUACGAUACUGAGUAUAACAUUCGCAACAAUGGUUGUGCUAAGAGCAAGGACAACAUCAGCAACAAUCGUAAUGGUACGUAUAACAGCAACCAUGAUGAUACUCUUGGAAAUAACAUUUGCAACAAUGAAGGUGCCAAAGGUAAGAGCAAUAGAUGCUAUGAUAACAAAAAUAGUUCUAAGAGCAAUGGCAACGACAACAACAAUCGUGACUUCAUUAACAUUCGCAAUAAGGAUGAUGCUAAGAAUACUUGCCAUGGAAGUUACAGUGGCAACACUGAUAAUUCAAAGGGUAGUGACACUGACAGUAAUCACAAUAAUGACCAUGAUGAUGCUCAUGUCAAUGGCAACAACAUCCACAACAAUGGUGGUUCCAAGAGUGAUGAAACCGUUAGAAAAACAUGGAAGAAUUAUAUUUCUAAGAGAGGUGGUAAUGCUAACAACAACCGCAAGAGUGAGGGUGCUUCUGAAAAUGUGAAUAACAUUCGCAAUCCCAGUGCUGGUAAAAACAAUAAUAAUGAAUCCAACGGCUCCAACAAUGAUAAUGUUGAUGGUCGCAAAAUCAAUAGUCUUAGUGCUAAAAUCAAUAGUUGCAACGACAACGGUUUUAGUGUUAAAAACAAUUCCAAUAGCAACGUUAACGACACAAACAAUCCCUUCCAAAAAAAUAGCAAUGAUGUUGGUGACUACAGAAACAAGAACGAGAGAUACUUGCAAAGUAGAAAUCAAUAG